AUGCUGGAAUGCACAUGGAAUCGCCAAGGAAGUGCACACGGAAGUGUCCAGGAGAGAAAAAUUUUUAGACCCAUCUCAAUUUUACCUACACUAUCGAAACUACUUGAAAGACAUGUGCAUAUUUCGUUCUACAAAUUUUUAAAGUCAAACAACCUGCUGCAUAAAGCUCAAUCUGGUUUUCGAAAUUUAUUUUCCUGUGAAACAGCUAUUACCUACAUGAUUGACAAGUGGGCUAAAGCAAUAAAUGAAGGAUAUAUGAACGGAGUCGUCCUUUUAGAUCUCCGUAAAGCUUUCGAUCUAAUUGAUCAUAGUAUCUUGCUACAAAAGCUACGAAUGUAUAAAUGCAGUACAAAUUCUGUAAAUUGGUUUUCAUCGUACCUACAAAACAGAUAUCAAAGUACAUCUGUGAAUGGUAAAAUAUCUUCCAAACUACCUAUGAUGAAAGGGGUUCCUCAGGGAUCUAUUCUGGGCCCCUUGCUUUUUAUUGUCUUUAUUAACGAUCUGCCACUGUCUAUCCCACAUGGCGACAUAGAUAUGUAUGCGGAUGAUUCUACCAUCACGACAUCUGCGAAAACCAUAAACCAACUCAAUGAAAACUUAAAUCAAGCUAUGGAUGAGGUUUCAAAUUGGUGCAAUGACAACAAAAUGAUGCCAAAUACAGACAAAACAAAGUGUAUGCUCAUAACAUCGUGGCAAAAACGGCUUCACAUACCACAAAAUGAAGAUCUGUGUGUAAGCCUUAACGAUAUAGUACUGGAAAACGUUACUUCAAAACCAUUACUUGGCGUCACUAUGAAUCAUAAUCUGUCCUGGGAGGAUCAUAUAAACACCACUGUUUCAAAGAUAAAUAGGAGUAUAGCUGUACUUCGUAGAAUUAAACAAUAUUUACCGCUACAGACACGGAAACUUUUCUUUAAUGCGCACAUUCUUCCACACAUGGAUUAUUGUUCCAUUGUUUGGGGUGGUUCACCUCAUGUUAAGAAGAUCAAUUUAGCUCAACAAAGAGCAGCCAGGGUAAUUUUGGACAUCACGGAUAAUCGUUACCCCAGUAAAGACAUGUUUUUAACAUUAAACUGGAUGCCUAUCGAGGAUCGUAUUAAGUACCAUAAAGCUAUUAUGGUCUACAAAAGUCUCAAUUAUAUGACAAAUAUGUUUAGGUUUGUCAGACAAGUUCAUACAAAGACAACCCGAUCAAGCUCUGCAAAUGAUCUGUAUUUGCCUUCAGGAAAACAUAAACAGAUAUAUACAAAUACGUUUGGCUACAGUAGUGUAAAGAUAUGGAACACAUUAAGUUCAAACAUUAGAGAAAGUGUAUCGCUAAACAACUUUAAGAGGAAAUGUUUAACAAAUUAUUUUUUAACUAGUAACUGA